AUGCAGCUUUUUCUUUCCCUGAUCGCCGGCGCAAGUCUGGCGAGCGCCAACCUAUUCUCCACGGAGGGUUUGCUAGCCAAGCGCGACAGCUGGGGUGGAAGUGUUUCGCUGGGCCCAACUAAAUCAACCAUCGUCAAUGCCGUUACCACUCUCAUCCCCGGCGCUGCACCAUCUACUCAGAAUGGAGUGCUGUUCCUUUGGCCCGGUAUGUCCAAUGGUACCGGCGACCUGGUCCAGACGACCCUUGAGAGCUGGCCGGACAACUCUUGGUGUGGAGCUACCACUGGACAAUGGUGCGUUCGCGCCAGUGUCUUCGGAUCAUUUGGCCAGUUGGAUGGCACUGGCAGCCCUGUCAAAGGAACUGACAAGGUCCGCAUCGAAUACAACCUGGAGAGUGAUGGAGAAACUUGGAAGCAGACUGUCACCAAUGCGGAUACUGGUGCUGCUCUUUCUUCCUACUCUCACGCCUCUGGCCCCUACAUGACUGGCUACGGUACCGGCACGGAGUGCAAUGAUGGCUGCUCCGGCACCAUCGCUGCCCAGAAGUACGUUGAUACGACUAUCACCCUGGCCUCAGCAGACACCACCUUCGGCGAUACCAUUGCCAGCGCAUCCGGCGCCACAUACACUGGUCUGAGCUCAAGCUCGGGUGGCAAGGUGUGGAAAAUCAGCGCCAUCAAUGUGCCCGCAAUGUCGUAA